AUGCUCAGGAGCUCGCAGCAGGUGGAGGAGCUGUGGUUGAUGCUCCGGAGCUCGCAGCAGGUGGAGGAGCUGUGGUUGAUGCUCAGGAGCUCGCAGCAGGUGGAGGAGCUGUGGUUGAUGCUCCGGAGCUCGCAGCAGGUGGAGGAGCUGUGGUUGAUGCUCAGGAGCUCGCAGCAGGUGGAGGAGCUGUGGUUGAUGCUCCGGAGCUCGCAGCAGGUGGAGGAGCUGUGGUUGAUGCUCAGGAGCUCGCAGCAGGUGGUGCCCGUUUGCUAA